AUGGACUCCUAUGAGACCACCGCCGCCGAACCGAAAAAGGGGAAGACAAGUUGCGCUCAGAACUGUGGGAAGAUCUCCCCGGCGAGAAUCUUGCAAACAUCUCUCUCUUUCCAAGAGAAGAAUCCUCUGUACUUCCGAUUUAGCCACACCCAAGACCCGAUCGGGACAAUCUCUGGAUUGGAAACAACAGUACAACUAAUGACCUUACUACCAUGGCCAGAUCCGGCUUCGUCUGCGUCUCGUCAGUCGAACCCACUGGACCCGCCGGACUGUCGUGAAUCCCUGAACCCGACUCAGAUCUCUUCACACCGCGUACAACAACCGAACCAUGAGUUGCCGGUGAUGUUCGGCCGAGUCCUCCGGAGAAGAUUGGUAUCAGUCUAG